GAACACUCGACCCGACGUUCACGAUGCACGUAAGCUUCGCUACAGCAGGUGCAGCUGCUCCGCAGCCAACCCAAGGUGCCAUUGUUGGCUCACCGAAAGAGCCUGGCGCUAAAGCGGGUGCCAGAGAUGAUUCAGCCGUAGGAACGCCAGUGCUCUACCGCGGCGCGUCCCCGUGGCGGCAGCUCCUGAUGAUGCUGUGGAAGAACAUCUACCUGAAGCGCCUGCUGCGCCACUACACGACCACGCUGCUCGAGGUUGUGCUGAUGGUGGUGUUGCUGUUGGGCAUCCAGGAGGACGCCGUGGUGCGCGAGCCGCUCCUGCGCAGGGGUGACACCCUUUUCCGGCCCAUCCACACCCACUCCUACUGGAACACGCAGCGCGACAUGGCGCAGGUCACUCAGGUGUUCUUUGCACCUGUGGCCAACAGGUACCUGGCGAGGCUGACGCACGAUGCCAUGGCGGAGCUGCGCGUGGUAAACUUUGCGGGUUUCGUGUCCGAGAAGGAGCUCAUCGCAGCGAUGCGCCUACAGAACGGUACACCCGUACACACGGUGGCGCUGCUCUACUCGGACGUGGCUCCAGGCGACAGGGACGGCGUGCCGGACAGCCUGCACGUCAACUUCUUUGGAGGCCGCCUGCCAUUCGACGCGCGAGUCAACUAUCCUCAGCGCCUUUUGUCGCAGCCCGAGGGACCGUCGUUGGAAGGGCGAUUUCCCGAGAUGAACACGCUGCUGCCAAUCAUGGGUGCGCUGCAGCAGCUGCACCUCGAGUACCAGGCGCUGCUGCACAACCGCACCAUGAGCCGGCUGCAGCGCGUGCAGCUGCAGCGCUUCCCGUACCCGGCCCACAUCGAGCACAAGGACACCAAGAACUACGCGCUCGUGCUGACGCGUUUCUGCGUCGGCAUGCUGGUUCCCUUCGCCGUCUUCGUUGCCCGACUCAGCGAUGAGAAGGCGACUGGUGUGAAAGAGAUGCUGCGUGUGGUGGGCCUCAACGACUGGGUUUACUGGGUGAGCCACUACAUCAGCGGCUUCUUCAUGCACCUGGUUAUCGUGACCCUGAUGCUGCUGUUCCUGUGUGUCAAGAGGAACGAGGAAGGACGGGCCUUCAUCCAGUUCAGCGACCCGCUGCUACUGUUCUGCAUACUGAUGUGCUUCUGCAGCUCGUGUAUCAUGCACGCCACGCUACUCUCCAUGUUCUUCUCCAGCCCACACACAGCGGUAGCCGCUGCCCUGUUGUACUGGACCUUCAGCUGCCUCAUGCCGUUCCUGGCGCUCGAGAAUGCCGGUGGCCAGGGCUACCACUUCAUCAAGCGCAGCCACAAGCUGGCGACGGCCGUCUUCCCCGGCAUGAGUCUGCACUGGAGCUUCCGCGUGCUCGAGCGCUUUGAGAAGUUUGUGACUUUCGGAGCAAACUGGUCCAACUUCGCCGACCGUGCUGCCACGCCAGACAACGUGACGCUGGCCGAGAUCGUGUUCGUGGGCUUGCUGUGCGACUGCUUCAUUGUCGCUGCAGUCUGGUACCUGGACAACGUGAUGCCCAUCGGCCCGGGAAUCUCCAAGCCGGUCCUCUACCCAUUUCAGGUGGAUUAUUGGUUGCCCGGUAUGACGUUCGUCAAGGCACCCACGAGGACGGCGAACGAGAACCAGAACUUCGAGGCCGAGCCAAGGGAUCAGAUGGUUGCAAUAGACCUCUUCCAUGUCAGCAAGGCAAGCACCUCUCGCCAACAACAAUACGACAUGAAUCAGAGAUGUUAA